AUGAAGCUGACUGCCCUGACCUCCCUUGCCUCUGUGUCCGUGUCAGCGCUCCUAGACUCAGGAGCCACCGGGAACUUCAUAAGUCCUGAGUUCAUCCGGAAGCACAACCUUGAGACCACCCAGCUCCCUCAGCCCAUCCCAGUCUGCAACGUCGAUGGGACCCCCAACGAGAAUGGAGCCAUAACUGAGGAACUGGAGGCCCUCCUGACGUUCGGACGACACACAGAGCAGGCCCGAGGAACGCUUGUCACAUUGAUCGGAAUUCAUGCGGAUUCAAAGUGGUUCUCGGGCAUUGCUGAGACCCUCUCGAUCACAUCUGCAUCUGGCUCACUGAUAACGGCCAACCCAUUGAUCUCGGCUUCUGGCUCAAAUAUCGACAAUAUUGAACUGACAUUUGAUGAGUCUGAAAGUGGCCUAUCGAUAACAGCUGGCCCAUCGAUCUCGGCUUAUGGCUCUAAUAUCGAACCGGCAUUUGAGGAGUCUGGAAGUGGCCUAUUUCUCCAGCAGCCUAAUUCUGACAAUUCGGAGCCAGAUGUAUUUCUGGCACCACCCUUGCCUGGAUUUGUUAAUUUCGAGGCCAUACAGCCUGAUGAUGAUGGCGUAGCUGAAGAUGAAGAUGGAUCCCAAACAUCCAGUAACGAGAAGUCGGAUUCCAGCAGCAUUGACAUCGAUUCUGGGCCUGCACCUCUGGACAAGGCCGAUUUUCAGGCCAGGCCUUCAUCUACUGUCCUUUCUCCCAUUCCCCUGGUCCACUCUAUCCCUAGGUCAGGCAGUGUGGAUGAGAAUUCCCCAGACCCUUUCUUGUCUCAAGCUAACACACUGCCCUGGACACCUUAUUCUCAAACGCAUUAUUUAGUGCCCAUUCGAAUUCUUUACCUCUUGGCCAUCUGGCUCCAUUCCUAUCACCAUGUCCCAUUCCGAGUCAUAGGGGCCAUUUUGUCUAUAGUUCAACUUAUCCUCAGUGCCACAAACUUUCAUUUCGAUCCUUCCACAGUCUCUGCCUCGACCUUAAUGACCGUCCAUUCACACAUGUCUAUCGAGCCUUCCUUUCAAGUUCUUCCAAUAUGUCCCACAUGCCAAGAAGUCUACCCCGCACUCGACACUACACCAGCACUUUGUACCAAAUGCAAACACAGCAACGGGACCGUUCCCCUGUUCGAAAACAAUGAAAACACACACACGAAAGAGAAGAGCACGAAGAGACAUGAGCCGAAAAUGCAGUUUGCCUUCAAAUCCGUCAGUGAACAGCUUCGUGAGUUAUUGCAGGAACCCAGGAUGGAGGAUCUCCUUGAUCAGUGGCGCAAAUUACCUGACCGGCAUCCGGAGCUGGGCGUAUAUCAAGAUAUCUUUGAUGGCUGCGUUGCCUGCUCAAUUUUGGGUCAUGAUCAGUCCCCUUUCUUUCGCAAUGAACCAGAAGAUCGCAAGAUGGGUCCUAAUGGAGAACUUCACAUUGGCCUCACACUCGGUACUGACUGGCAAGUAUUUCCCUUUUGCCAUGGUUGGAUUGAACCAAAACAAGCGUCUUAG